AUGGCGUCGCGGGCAAAGAGGCUCGAAGCGUUGGCCGCGCUACGAGCGUCGCGUAAUGGUGGACCUCGUGUUCACCCCAAGACGGAGGACGACGACGUGUCGAUUUACGACGAAGUGUCGGAAGAGACGUACCAGUCCAUUGUGCGUGGCCGCAUGAUGGAAGAUGACUUUAUCGAGGACGACGAUGGCAGCGGGUACGUGGACCAUGGUCAAGAUGAAUGGGAGCAUGGCGAUGCUAGUGCGUCCGAGUCUGAGACGGAGCAAGAGUACUUUGAGCGGACAGGCCGCCGCAAGCCUAAGAAAGGCAGUAAACGGGCGCGUGCGCAGCGAAGUGCCCAGAACGACUAUUUGGGCCAGACGCAUCGUACACGUCCUACGCCUGCUCAGCUACAGGCGCGUCGCGAGGCGGUUGUGCCGCCCCGGUCGAAAGAGACGGAAGAGGCGUUCAUGUCGCAGCUGUUCGGUGGGUUGGCGCCGAUGAGCACACCGGCCAGGCCGAUGGCGACGCUGGCCCUGGACGAACAUAUGGACUCGCCGUCGUUGGCGAUGGCUCGCAAGCGGAAACAGGCCGCGGUCGCGACAUCUAUCGCCCCCACCUCGCUCCCGGCCUUGGUCCCCGACAAUGGCUCGUCGACAGAGCCCAGCAGUGAUACGCCAGAGAUGGCUUGGAGCCAUCACGAGGAUACACCUACGUCGAAGCGUCUGCGAAGUGAUGAGGCGCCUAUGGACGAGGAAGACGAAGAGGAGGAAGACUUCCAGCAGGUCGCCGUUCAAGGGAAGCGAGAGGCUCAGGUGGUAAGUGCAUCCACAGCCCCGGUGCCGUCCACAUCGACGCCGGUGCGUGCCCCGCAGGUAGCGCCAGAGACGCCGGCGCCUCACUUGCAGUCGUGGCGUAGCGUACACACUAGCUUGGCCGAAGCGUCGCCCGUCGAAACGCCGACGCCCAGUGUACGUACAUCGCAUGCGACGGCGUCCUCUACUGCGUCGAGCAUUCAGUGCUUCGAGGCCGAUCGUACCGUGCCGUUUUUCUGGCUAGACUACUUUGAUAUGCACGGGAAGAUCUUCCUCUUCGGCAAAGUGCUGGACAAGGCGACGCAGCGCUAUGUCAGUGCAAGCGUUGCGAUUGAUGGUAUGGAACGCUGUGUGUUCUUGCAGCCUCGCGCGCGCACGCUGGAGCAUGGCCACGAGACGGAUCGUGUGCCAAGUGAAGACGAUGUUUUUGAGGAAUUUGAGUCGAUGCGCUCGCAAUUUGGGAUCAAGUCGUGGCUUGGAAAAUGGGUCACGCGGAAGUACGCGUUUGAGCUGCCGGACGUGCCAGCGGAAGGCGCGUACUUGAAAGUCAAGUACGGCUUUGACGAGCCGCCGCUGCCAGCGGACAUCCAAGGCGCGACGUUCUGCCGCGCGUUUGGUACCCAUACCUCGGCCUUUGAGCUGUUUGUCGUGAAGCGGCGCAUUAUGGGCCCAUGUUGGCUGCGGCUGGACGAGGCGAGUGUGGUGCAAGGCGCGCCGCAGACAUGGUGCAAGCUCGAGCUGAGUGUCGACGAUCCGAAGAACGUGACGCCGUACUUGGAUAGCGAUGCCUCUGCGCCGAAAGAGCCGCCGCCACUGACGAUUAUGAGUGUGGCCUUGCGUUCUGUGGUCAACUUUAAGGAGAACAAGCGCGAGGUUGUCGCAGUGAGUACGCGUGUAUGGCGGGAUAUGUCGAUCGAGAACGCGACGCCGCCAGAGCAAGUGCCGUCCAGUUCGUUUACGGCGGUGCGGUCGCUAGGCCCGUCGUUCCCACCGCGCUUUGAGGCGGAGGCGGCGCAAAGCAAGACCAAGGUGAAGGCGUUCAAGUUUGAGCGUAUGGUGCUCAACAGUUUCCUGGGCCAGCUGCAGCUGCACGAUGCCGAUGUGGUUCUCAGUCACGACCUGGUCGGCUCGACGCUGGACAUCUUGCUGCAUCGCAUGCGCGACUUGAAAUGCGAGCAAUGGACGCGGCUGGGCCGUAUGCGGCAGGAUGUAUCGCGCCUUGCGAAGCAGCACAUGCACACACGCAUGCUGGUCGGCCGUCUCGUGGCGGACUUGUCGAGCGACACAGCGAAGGGCAUGAUUGCCUCGACGACAUGGUCACUGAGUGAAAUGUGCCGCACGCAUUUGAAUGCGCAGCGAGAAGAUAUCGAUCCGGACGAUGUCGCGUCGUACUUUGACUGCACGGCGCCGACGCCGGAGCGGCUAUGGACGUUUGUGCGCCACUGUGAAGUGGACACGUUCUUCCAGAUGGCCCUGGCGUGCAAGGUGCAGCUGCUCGCCCUCACGAAGCAGCUGACCAACCUGGCGGGCAAUGCGUGGUCGCGCACGCUGAACGGUGGCCGUGCAGAGCGCAACGAGUACAUUUUGCUGCACGAGUUCCACAAGAAGAAGUACAUUUGCCCGGACAAGCAAUCGGCGUGGGACAAGAAGGCGGCCAAGAAGGACGAGCAGGCGAAGAAGGAAAAGUUCAAAGGUGGUCUCGUCUUUGAGCCGAAGCGUGGGCUCUGGGAUCGGUACAUUCUCGUGAUGGACUUCAACUCGCUGUACCCCAGCAUCAUCCAGGAAUUCAACAUUGACUUUACGACGGUCGAGCGCCAUGCGAAUCAGGAGGACGUGCCGGAUCUGCCGUCGUCGGACACCAUGCAAGGUGUGCUGCCGCACCUGAUUUCGACGCUCGUCUCGCGCCGCCGGCAAGUCAAGGCGCUGAUGAAGGACAAGCAUGCGCCGCCGCUGAAGCGCUUGCAGUGGAACAUCAAGCAGCAGGCGCUCAAGCUCACGGCGAACAGUAUGUACGGCUGCCUGGGCUACGAAAACUCGCGGUUCUACGCACGUCCCCUAGCGGCGCUGACGACCUUCAAGGGCCGUGAGAUUCUCUCCACGACACGCGAGCUCGCUGAGAGUAUGGCGCUCGAUGUGAUUUACGGUGAUACCGAUAGUGUGAUGAUCAACACACGCUGCAUCGACUAUGCGUCGGCGAUGAAGAUCGGGCAUGAGUUCAAGAAGGCCGUCAACGAACGCUACCGUCUCUUGGAAAUUGAUAUUGAUGGCGUGUUCCAGCGCAUGCUCUUGCUCCAGAAGAAGAAGUACGCGGCGCUUCUGGUCAACGAGCAGGGCGAGACCAGCACGGAGAUCAAGGGUCUGGACAUGAAGCGCCGCGAGUACUGUGCACUCUCGAAGAAGGCCUCUGCGUACGUCCUGGAUCAAAUUCUCUCCGGCGAGGCAACCGAUACCGUCGUGGAAAAGAUCCACGAGUACCUCCAGCAACUCGCCGACGAUGUGCGGCAGGGCCGCAUCCCGCUGGACGAGUACGUGAUUUACAAGCGUCUCGGGAAGCGGCCCCAAGACUACCCAGACGCCCAGACGCAGCCGCACGUCCAAGUCGCGCUGCGUAUGCUCGCAAAGAACGAAAGCGCACGAAGCGGCGAUGUGAUUCCGUACGUGUUCUGUGUCGGUCCUACGACGGCCCAUACCAGCAAGGCUACGCAGGCCGAGCGUGCGUUCCACCCCGACGACGUACGUCGGCACCAUGACGACCCAGCGUACGCCAUCGACUACAAACACUACUUGUCAUUGCAAAUCUUGCCGCCCAUCGAGCGCUUGGCAGAGAACAUUGAAGGCACGGAUCGGGCGCGCUUGGCCGAGUGCCUCGGCUUGGACGCACAUGCGUACGCUGUGCACACCAGCGUCGACAGCACGCGCGAGUUUGCGACGCUCGAGAGCCAGGUGCCGACUACAGUGCGCUUUGCGCACUGCGACGCCUGGUCCGUCACCUGCCCUACGUGCCACCACUCGACCGCCAUCCCGCCACUGCGUACGGCGGUCCGCGCCUCCACGCCAUGGCUCGCCUGCGCGCAGUGCCACGCGUCGUUCUCACGCGCGUCGUUGGUCGUCCAGCUGGAGCUGGCGAUCCGACGGCACAUUGCGACGUACUAUGAGGGCAAGAUGACAUGCACAGAAUCGUCGUGCCGCGCCACGACGAACAUGACAGGCGUGUACACAGGCCGGUGCGUCGCGACCAACUGCCGCGGCAAAGUACAGGCCGUGUACUCAGACAAAGCGUUGUACACGCAGCUGUGCUACUAUGCCUACUUGUUCGACGGCGCCCAAGCUCUCGCAGAGAGCGGCGAGACGGAUUUGCAUACGCGUGUGCAGGACGCGAUCGAGGCGCACCACGCGACGCUGGCGCUGCUGCAUGCGACUGUGCAGCAGUACCUCUCCCGCAACGGCCGUCGCUACGUCGGCCUGGGAAAGCUGUUUGCCUUUAUGCGUGUACGCACAUAA